AUGUCUUUAAUGCCGCUGGAAAAAGAAUCUUCGCUGGAGUUUCUCUUUAGCAACCCAGUAGCUACCGCCUUGUCAGAAACAUAUGGCUCCUUUUCAGAACGGAGGGCAGCGCUAGGCCUAUCGAAUCCGGGGACAGUUGAGAACAUUGCGCGGGAGGUUCAGCGCGAUGUCCUCCUUAAUAAUUACACCUUCUCUGGCCUGAGGGCGGAUCUCACAAAGGCUUUCAGCAUGGCUCCACUAUUCCAGGUCUCUCAUGCAUUCUCCAUGGGAUCACAAGGGCUGCCGCCAUACACAUUUGCAGCCCUAUUUGGCACCAAUAAGAUUUUUAUGCAAGGAAAUGUCGAUAACGAAGGACAACUUUCAACCCGAUUCAAUUACAGAUGGACACCCUCCUUGGUCACAAAAACUCAGAUCCAAAUAGCCCCUGGCAACCAGUCCAUGGCACAGUUCGAUAACGAGUAUACCGGAAGUGAUUUCACCGCCUCGCUCAAGACUUUGAACCCAUCCAUAAUUGAUGGUGGCCUUACGGGAAUUUUCAUUGGCAGCUACCUGCAAGCUAUCACCCCGAGCCUUGCGCUUGGGCUCGAAGCAAUCUGGCAACGUACCGCACUCAACCAAGGCCCCGACACCGCUCUGUCAUACUGCGCCAAGUACAAGGGAAGCGAUUGGGUUGCCAGUGCCCAGUUGGCGGCUGGAGGAGCAAUCAACACAUCAUACUGGCGGAGAUUGACGGACAAGGUGGAGGCUGGUGUUGAUUUAAAUCUGCAGUUUGCAGGUUUGUCAGGAGCUGGAAUGAUGGGAGGCGGUGGAGGAAAGGAAGGUGUGACAACAAUCGGGGCUAAGUAUGAUUUCAGAAUGUCGACUUUCAGAGCGCAGGUGGAUUCAACAGGGAAAUUGAGCUGUCUGUUGGAGAAGCGAGUUGCCCCUAUGGUCCAGCUGACCUUUGCUUCUGAGAUGGAUCAUGUCAACCAAUCCGCAAAAAUUGGCCUUGCGGUCUCCAUCGAAGCUGGAGGCGAAGAGCUUCAAGAACAAACAGGGGCUCCAGCUCAAAUUCCCUUCUAA